AUGACUUUUCGUGAAAAAGUUAGGCGCGUCUUCCACCGCUCCUCAGCCAGCCAGGAUACUGGCCGACCCAAGGUGGAAUAUUAUCGUCGUCAUGAGUGCCCCCCAUCCAAGUUCCGCGGACCCUUCGAUAAGGAACAUCAAAAACGCCUUGCUGCGUGGUCCUUCGAUCGGGCCAUGGUAGAGCGCACGCGUUCUCUCGACUUGGCCCUGUCACCCUGCGCCACUUUCGAUUUACCCGGCCCCAAUCCCAAUCUCAAUCCUUUAAUGGACCCAAUGGACAGUGACGAUUCCGGCGAGAUUUCUCCCGACGACGACGGCGUGGAAAUCGUCGAUCCAGGUAUGUCGAACAACCCCGAUAUUCUCAGGUUUCACCCUCUCGGAACCUGGCCGAUAUCCCUGUCACCCCUCUCCUCCCCUCUUAUCGUGUCCGUGUCCGUGCCCGUGUCCGUGUCUGACGCCAUCUCUGCCGCAGUCUCCGACCACGAUCAAGAUCAGGACCAGGACCAAGACCUGCUUAACUCGCGCCCCGCCAACGGCUCUCAGUCUUCGACCGUCGUCAACUCUGAUAGUUACAACGGCUCUAUGAUGACUCUUCUCAACGAGGGUUCUGUUUAUGACUUCCCCGAAGACCCCAUUGCCCAACUGAAGGAGUCAAUACGCUACUCCUCCCCCAUCUUCCGCACUUUAUCCCCAACCUCACGGACCCCACGCAAGGGCACACAUCAGCCCUUUGCGCCCGAAGAUUUGACUCGCGCCUUGGUCGCUGUUCAACUUUGCGCGUAA